AUGUUUAUUGCUACAGGUAUAUAUCUCGUCGUGAUUUUCCUCCUUGCAUACUGUGUGCGAAGGCAUCGGCGUCUGAGGGCAGCAAAUCCGCUCAGCCUGCCGUAUCCACCUGGGCCAAAGCCAUGGCCUUUCUUCGGGAAUUACUUCCAGAUUCCCUCUAAAACACCGUGGCACUUGUAUGGACAAUGGGGCAAGCAAUACGGAGAUCUGGUGCAUAUACGUAUAUUCAAUGAGCACAUCAUCAUCGUCAAUUCCGGCGCAGUGGCCCGUGAUCUCCUCGAAAAGCGUUCCAAUAUAUACUCCGAUCGGCCUUUGUUUCGUGGCAUGCAUAUGGUCGGCGCGACUUUCAACUUUGGAUUUGUGAAGUAUGGGCCUUAUUGGCGUCGUGAGAGAAGACUCUUCCAACAGGUGUUCCGAGCCGAUCACGUUGCGGAAUAUGCCCCCAGGACUAUGCGCGCAGCUGUGAACAUGCUAAGACAGCUCCUUGAUCGAAAGGAAGAGUUCAUGAGCUGCAUUCGACGGUGUGGUGAUGUCCCUUCUUUAAGCAUGCAAUUGUACGGGUACGACAUCCCAGAAGUCUACGACCACUUCGUGGAGCUUGUAGAACAUUCUGCAUCGCUAAUGUGCGGGUAUGGCUUCCCGGGGUCAGCAAUUGUCGACCAUUUCCCUGCUGUGGAGUACCUGCCUUCCUGGUUACCCGGCAUGGGAUUCAAAACUGAUGCAUGUGUUGCUCGAGCUCUCUUCAAGCAAAUCCAGGAGCUUCCUUUUGAGCACGUCAAGUCGCUCAUAGAGCAAGGCAAUGCACCGGCGUCCUUCACGAACGACUUAAUGAACAGGAUGUCCUUCGAUGACACCGACUCACGGGAGGAAGCUAUAAAACGUGUCUCGGGUACUGGUUAUUUCGCUGGAGCGGAUACAACGACCUCUGCGAUAAGCAACUUCUUUCUUGCCAUGGCUCUCAACCCCGCUGCGCAGGAGCGGGCACAGAAGGAGAUUGAUACUGUGGUGGGGGCGGGAAGGCUUCCCUCUUUCGAUGAUAGGGCUUCACUACCCUACGUGGAGGCAGUGUUCAGGGAAGUCCUUCGAUGGCGGGCUGUUGUACCACUUGGUGUGUCGCACGCCAAUACAGAAGACGAUAUAUAUGAUGGCUUCUUCAUACCGAAAGCAAAACAUGCCAACCCGAUCCUUAUUACUCCUCGCAGGGCUAUGCAUAUGGAUGAGCGAGUCUACGUAGAUCCGGAAAGCUUCGAACCCGAGAGGUUCUUGAAUCCCGAUGGCAGCAUCAAGAACGACUUCCCCCAGACGGCCUUCGGAAUGGGAAGACGUGUUUGCGCAGGCCAGCACGCUGCAAACCUCUCUGUAUGGGCAGCCGUCGCUUCUGUUUUGGCUGGCUUCACUAUUACUAAAGCGCUCAAUGCUGAUGGGACCGUAGUGGAGGUCAGUCUCGAGUACCAAACAGGCAUGACCAGUCACCCGGUACCCUUCAAGUGCUCGAUAACGCCCCGAAAUUCUGUGGCUGAGCGUUUGAUCAGGCAGUCUAAAGUUGAUUCCUCGACAAAGUAA